AUGGACUACAUGAAUCGUAUUUUUAGACCCUUCCUGGACAAGUUUGUGGUCGUUUUUAUUGAUGAUAUCCUCAUUUACUCCAAAAGCCGUGAAGAGCAUGAAGACCAUUUGAGGUUAGCGCUCAGUGUGUUAAGAGAAAAAAAGUUGUAUGCCAAGUUAUUCAAGUGUGAGUUUUGGAUGGAUGAAGUGCAGUUUUUGGGGCACGUAAUUUUGGCUAGAGGUAUCUCAAUGGAUCCGACUAAAGUACGAGCGGUAUUGGAAUGGGAGAGUUCAUGUUCGGUCACUGAAGUUAGGAGUUUCGUGGGGCUAGCUGGCUACUAUAGGCGGUUCAUUGAAGGAUUCUCUAAGAUAGUAGCACAGUUGACGCAACUGACCAGAAAAGAUCACCCGUUCACUUGGACCGAUCAGUGUGAAUCUAGUUUCCAAGAAUUGAAGCAGAAGUUGAUGAGCGCUCCAGUCUUGGUUAUCCCUGACACGGCCAAACCGUUCGAAGUCUACUGUGAUGCUUCACAUUAA